UAAAAAGGCAUCGCAAGGGGGUGGGAGGGCUGCCGUGCAGUAGGAUCUGUGCAGACGCGCGCGCACACACACACACACACGCACACACACGCGCACGCACGCACACGGGGGAUCCAGGGACAGCGGCCCCUCACUGGGAUCCAGAGCCACAUCGCGACGGAGAGUUGAAGGAAAAUAUUCACCCAACGCGACAAAAUGGCAGACAAAAUUAAAGAUGCAAAGAUCAUCUUUGUUGUGGGUGGGCCCGGCUCCGGAAAGGGCACCCAGUGUGAGAAGGUAGUGGCAAAGUACGGCUACACCCACCUGUCGUCCGGGGACCUGCUCCGUGCUGAAGUGGCUUCGGGCUCCGAGAGGGGAAAGCAGCUCCAGGCCAUCAUGCAGAAGGGAGAGCUGGUGCCCCUGGACACGGUGUUAGACAUGAUUAAGGACGCCAUGAUCGCCAAGGCUGAUGUGUCCAAGGGCUACCUUAUUGAUGGCUACCCCCGCGAGGUGAAGCAGGGCGAGGAGUUCGAGAAGAAGAUUGGCAAACCCUGCCUGCUGCUGUACGUCGACGCCAAAGGCGAGACCAUGGUGAAGAGGCUCGUGAAGCGCGGCGAGACCAGCGGGCGCGCCGACGACAACGAGGAGACCAUCAAGAAGCGCCUGGACCUGUACUACAAGGCCACCGAGCCGGUCAUCGCCUUCUACGAGAGCCGCGGCAUCGUCAGGAAGGUUGACUCUGAGCUCCCAGUGGAUGAGGUCUUCAACCAAGUCUCCAAGGCUAUUGAUGCACUGUAGUAAAGCAACAUUAACUAGA